CCAAUCCCAUAGGAUGACAAGAUCAGGAGCAUCAAGAACACAAAAUGGAUGGUUAGGAGUUGUCCUCGAUAUCAGGAAGAAGAGGAGGAAGAGGAGGAGGAGGAAGAAGAUGAGGAGGAGGAAGAAGAGGAGGAGGAAGAAGAUGAGGAGGAGGAAGAAGGGGAGGAGGAGGAAGAAGAGGAGGAGGGGGAGGAAUUCUGCUUCUGUUUUUGCAACUACACUAACAUGGCGCCUGUAGGGAAUCUGACACGAUCUCAACUCGCUGCUUAUAACGGCAGUGAUUCAAGUAAGCCACUGUUGGUUGCAGUGAAGGGUAAUAUUUAUGACGUCACAAGCGCUCCCAAUUUUUAUGGAAAGGGUGGCAAUUAUCACUGUCUUGUCGGGAAGGAUGCUUCUCGCGCUCUCGGGAGGAUGUCCUUGGAGAAACCUGAUUUGGAAAGCAGUGUCCUCAGUGACCUGAAUAGGGAGCAGGUUGCCAAACUGAAUGAGUGGGAGGCUAAGUUCAGGUCCAAGUACCCUGUGGUUGGGAAGCUUGUGUGAUUGGGUGUCGUUUGUAUGUAUGGCAUAUAAAGGGAAAGCUAACAAUGCUCUGCCCGUCAUGCCUUCAAACUUGCGCUGCUUCUCUCCGUCCUUUUCUGUCCUCCAGCAUGGAAGGGGAAAGCUCGAAUGUUCGUGUCUCGUUUGUAUGACAUGUUUCGGUAUCAGUGCAUCGCUCGUCUCUGCGGCAGCUGAUGGAUGACUUGCAUAAUUGUUAGUGUUUUGCAGCUCCCUGAGUCCAUUCGAGUACAUGUGAGGAAGAGAGCUAACCGAGGAGGAGCAAGAGAGAGAGAGAGAGAGAGAGAGAGAGAGAGAGAGAGAGAGAGAGAGAGAGAGAGAGAGAGAGAGAGAGAGAGAGAGAGAGAGAGA